AUGCGAUACGACUAUAUUGUGGUCGGCGCCGGCUCGGCCGGAUCCACCAUCGCCACCCGCCUCUCGGAAGACCCGGACAAGAGCGUGCUGCUGCUCGAGGCGGGGCCCGAUUACCCUGAUUUCAACCACCUGCCGGAUGACCUGAAGCUGGGCAACAACGUGUUCUUCUCGGCCUACGGCCCGCACAGCUGGGCGUACAGCGCGAGGGUGACGGCGCAACAGACCGACCUGGUUAUCCCGCGCGGGAAAGCCACCGGAGGCUCCUCGGCGAUCAACGGGCAGGUGUUGUAUCGCGGCAUUCCGGAGGACUACGACCGCUGGGCCGAAUGGGGCAACGACGAGUGGGCCUACACCAGCGUGCUGCCGUUUUUCCGCCGAAUGGAAAAUGACCAUGAUUUCCAGGACGACUGGCAUGGCACGGACGGUCCGAUACCGGUGCGCCGGUAUCGCCAGGACGAAUGGCUGCCGCACUCCGCAGCGUUCAAGAGCGCGGCCGUGGCGCUGGGUUUCAACGACGAUCCAGAUCAGAACCACCCGGAAUCGACCGGAGUGUCGCCCCGCGCGCGAAACACCCUGGACGGAGUCCGGAUCAGCACCGCGCUGGCCUACCUGAAUUUGGCGCGGCAUCGCAUGAACUUCACGCUGCGGGCCAACGUGCAGGCGUGCCGCGUAGUGUUCGACGGGAAUCGGGCCGUGGGAGUUGAGGUGGGAGAGCGGAGGUGA